AUGAGCGGCUCCAGGGCGCGGGCGGCGGCGGCGGCGCCGGGGCCGGACAAGAAGCUGCCGCCGGGGUCCGCGGGGCCGCUCAGCCGCCUGCGGGGCCUGCGCGGAUCGGCCGACGCGCCGCCACGGCAGCCCUGGACCGAGUCCGAGUUGCUGGCGCUGGAGACCGUCCGGCCCGAGCACGUCCUGGGGCUGUGCCGGGUGACGGAGAAUUAUUUAUGCAAACCCGAGGACAACAUUUACAACAUUGACUUCACCAGGUUUAAGAUCCGGGACCUUGAAACUGGAACAGUUCUAUUUGAAAUUGCCAAGCCAUCUGCUUCAGAGCACGAUGAGGAGGAUGAAGACGACAGCAGUGAACUGGAUGCAAGUGCAGGUCGCUUUGUUCGGUACCAGUUCACCCCAGCAUUUCUCCGUCUUCGGACUGUUGGUGCAACAGUGGAAUUCACAGUGGGAGAAAAGCCAGUGUCAAACUUCCGAAUGAUUGAGAGACAUUACUUCCGAGAUCGCUUGCUGAAGAACUUUGAUUUUGAUUUUGGCUUCUGCAUCCCCAGUAGCAGGAACACAUGUGAACACAUUUAUGAAUUCCCUCAGCUCUCAGAAGACCUUAUCCGUCUGAUGGUUGAAAACCCAUACGAGACACGCUCGGACAGCUUUUACUUUGUGGACAACAAGUUGAUUAUGCACAACAAAGCCGACUAUGCUUAUAAUGGAGGACAGUAAUCAUUCUGUCUGCUGGAUGCUGUGGUGCCCUUAACCAUUCCAGAUGUGCAGGAGCGGACUGGAGUUGUUGUCUUGUGCAACAAGGCUUCUUGCCAAACUUUUUCUCCAUGCAUGAGGCUGAGAACAUGAAGCAAAGAUGACGGCUUCUGAAAGGAAAUCUCCCUGCAACGCCUCUCUAUCUGACACUCAGUGUAUCCUGCCUCUCCUUCUCUGUUCCUGGCUAUCUUCUGAUAAACCUCGGUUAGGUCAGUGGUCUGAGGCACUCUUAGACAAUUCUUGCUCUUAGUCUUUCUAGUUAGGUUGCACCUCUAGUGCUUCUGAUGUUUCACCUCUUGGGUGAAUAUCCUUUUUCAACUGUUCAGGUUGUUUGUGUUAAGCUAUUUCUUAGCAGGAAAAUCUUAACCCCUUCAAGUAGCCAGUGAUGCUUGAAGAGCAGAUCUUUUGUUCAUUUGGAUAGAUCAUCUCUUCAGUGACAGUGGUUUUGUUUGUGGCAUAGCUGACAUUAAUUUUUAGGGUGCAUCCCAACAUUCUCUGAGCAGUGCAGGAAUAUUCCAUCUGCCUCUGGGAGCCUGAGCCACCCCUAAGAACAUUUAAUCUCUCUUUUGCCAGAGAUUUCACUAGAAAUAUGAGAUAGGGGGAGGAGGGGGCUGUCCCUCUGAUAGCAUUUCUGUUUGAGCUUUUGUGAGCAAACUGCUGAAUUUUGGAGCUCAGGGGGUCAACCUUAGAGCAGAAGUUAAUCUCACUAUAUUUACCAUUUCUCCUUCUUCCCUUUGUAGGAAUUUUGGCCCUUGGUACAGAAUGUAUCGCUUUUUAGGUGGACAGCACAUUGUCAGCUUCACUGGGGUGGAGGUGUCACUCUAGUGGGGCUUGGAGGAAUGUGGAAAAUCACUUGAAAAAUGAGUAGGAAGCAGAGCUUCCUAGGCUUCAGUCUUGUAAACCUGACCUGUCUGUCAGAGUUGCUGUGAGCAGCACCAGUUCAUUUUCUUUGUUGCAGUGGAGAUAUUAGUAGCUAAAAGCUUCCUGGGUCAGAUCACUCAGUUUUAUGGAGUGGGAUCCUUGGAAAGUGAGAAUGUACAUGGUUCUCUUUUUCAUUGUUCCCAUCACUGCUCUGCCUGCUCAGCUUUUAUUUAUGGUUUAGGAAGUCACGUUGCUGAGGUUGAUACCACAGCUGUGUUUGGGAUCUGGCAAUGGGAGAUAGCAUCAUGCAGUGGGAAGAGGAGGACUUGUGUCUUGCCAGUAGCUAUGUUGGGGCUCACCUCCCAGUUGUGCAAAAAUCUCAGCUAUUAAAACCCUUUUUUGCCAGUUUUGAUGUCUUUUGAGACUGGUACUUUUCCUGUCCCCGUGCUGGGCUGGGCAGUUGUGUCUCUUGUUAGAGGAGUUAGAUUGUGUCUAGACUGGAGACCUUUCCUAACACUAGUUCCAUUUGUUCUUGAAACAGUU